AUGCGUCAUGCGUAUACGCCAUCAAAUGUAUCUUCAGAUUCUCCGACGGUGCCUGUAGCAACGAGUGAAACUUCGCGGAAACGGCCUGCGGAUGAGCCGGCGGCAGAUGUGCCUUCGGCUAGUCGUCGGCGUCGUGGAGCAGCCAAUUCCGAUUCCUCAGCAUUUAUGCGGCCUUCAUUCCCUUCAACUUGCUGUGUUAAUGGAAUUGUACAACCGCCUGUACCAGCGUGCCUACUACAAGCAGCAGCAAAUCAACCAUUCGAACAUGCAUCUGUUGGGCCAGCGUCUUCAUCAGCCAAUUCGCUACCAGCACUCUACAGACCUCAAGUGUUCGCUCCUCAAGUUCAUGCUCAGAUGGCUGCGGUACCGAGUACAUCCACUGUAAAUAACAUGCAAAAUCGUACCGGUCCAUAUUAUACAAUGAACACAGCAACAAAUAAUGAAGCGAUUCGAUUAUCAUCACAUACAAUAUUACCAUCUUCACAACAUACAACAACAUCCAAUAUUACUACUACUAAUAAUAAUGCUAACAUAAAUAGUAGUAAUAAUAGCAAUAAUAGUAGUAAUAAUAGUCAUAAUACUCAAUCAUCACAUAUCCCUCAGCAACAGCCAUUACUUGGUCUAAGGUUACCGACAACGCCGUUGCCAUACGCACCUUCACCUUCAGACAUACAACAGCAACGGCAUCAUCAGCAACAAUCUCAACGGAAUAAUGCGGGUACAGCAACAAAUUCGGUGGUGCACUCUUCGUUGCUUGAAUUCCCUGAUGAAAUUUAUAUGAGGCAAUGGCAACUGAUGGGCCUGAAUGGCCAGUGGGAAAUUGCGCCAUCAUCAGCAGCAAUGGCGGCAGCAACCGCAGGAGUAUUACAUAAUGGCGGUUCCAGUAGUAUUGCUAGCAAUAACGGUAGUACUAGCGUUAGUGGUUAUAAUACAGCUAGCAAUGCUCAUGCCCAUGCUCAACAACAUCAGCAAGCAAGCAAUCGUUUAGCAGCAGCAUCAGCGCUACCGUCUUAUAGCACAAACUCAUCGUCCUCAUUAAUAUCGUCGUCAUUACGUGAGCCGAAUUCGUCACGUAUCGAAGUGCUCAUAUCACGAGUACGACAGGCUGCAGCUCAGGUCGCUGCUCAGGUUGCCGCUCAGGCUCAACACCAGUCAUCGUCACAGUUUACCGCUGAAACAGCAGUGGCUGCAGCGGCUGCAGCAGUCAACAGCAAUAGCACUACGAGUUCCGUUGCGGCCGCUUCUGCUGCGGCUGCAGCUGCUGCUGCAGCUGCAGCCGCAGCACAUCAACUGCUCCGUGCAUCCAGCGCUACCUUGAAUCCUUCCCUUGCACCUCCGAAUUCCAUCGGAGUGUCAAAUCCUUCGCAUGGAACCGUCGUCGUAUCAUCUUCUCCUUCAGCCACUGUCGAACAGUUCUAUCAUCUUACACCUUCUGUUGGUGCUGCAGUUGGCACAUCUGAUCAGCAAUCAACCGCUGAUGUGGCUACGGCACAUUCAGCUAACAGCACAACAAUUAGCAUGUCCUCAUCCAAUGGUGCUAUCAGCCAUCAUCAUCACCAUCAGCAUCACCAUCAUCCACUCCAUCAAAGGAUUUCUUCAUCCCAAGCGGUGGAUGGUACACCGGUGGCGAUUCCAACGUUAGCAAGUGAAUGGGUGCACACAAAUGUAGGGGGUGUUGAGAACACUUCAAUACCAGCAACAUAUGUGCAUCCGGAAUUGACACGUUUUGGGAAUGCUGGUGAAAUACCAUUCCCCGCUUGGGAAGCAGCAGUCUUGCAAAUAUUCGAUCGCAUGGCACCUCAAAUGAACUUGAUGCGUUUACCACCGAAAGGAAUGCCCAAGAGUGAAAUUGAACAGCUGAAAUCGUUUCGAUUAAUGGAUCCAAGCUGUUUGAACGAAAAGGUUUGCGUCGUAUGUCAGUGUGAUUUUGAAAAACGCGAUCAUGUUCGAGUGCUACCGUGCGAUCAUCACUAUCAUGUUAAAUGUAUCGACAAAUGGUUAAAAACUAAUAGAACAUGCCCAAUUUGUCGUAAAAGCGCAUCAGAAACAAUCAUUGAUAUUGCUACGAUGAAUCCGAUCGGUUCAACUGCAUCGCCAACACAACAACAGCAGCAUCAACAUCAACAAACAGCAACACUUCAAGCCACAGCAACUGCACCACAUGUUGCUGUUCAAGUUAUCACUCAAAUUACUGCUUCUUCACCGCAACCGCUCAGUCCAACAGUGUAG